AUGGAUGCCAGUGAGCUUUUAGGGGGGUUCACGGAUAUUCCUCUAAAGGAGAUACGAGAUAUUACACUUUCAAGGUCAAGUUCAGCUACUAGUUUGUAUUCUUUGUCGAGCGUGCUUUCAACUAGUUCAUCUUGCAGAAGAAAGAACUACUUCUGUGAUUACGAGGGCUGUGACAAGUCAUUUAAUAGACCUUCUUUGCUCACAGAGCAUCAAGUAUCUGUUCAUCAGGGUAUUAAACCAUACAAAUGCACUGAAUGUGACCGAGCAUUUGUUAAGAAAUCUCAUUUAGAGCGACAUUUCUUCUCCCAUUCAGAUAAAAAGCCAUUUUCAUGUUCUAAAUGUGGGAAAGGUGUAACGACUAGGCAGCAGUUGGCACGGCAUGAAAUUACGCAUACGAAAUCGUUUGUUUGUACCUGGGAAGGCUGUAAUCAGGCUUUUUACAAACAUCCACAACUGAGGUCCCACGUACUAUCAGUACAUGAGAAGACAUUGACCUGUGGGCAUUGCAGCAAAACUUUCCAAAGGCCUUACCGUUUGAAAAAUCACAUAUCGAAGCACCAUAAUCCGAAUUGUGAAACUAAAUACCAAUGCAACUUCCCGUUGUGUACUAAAGCGUUCAAAACAUGGUCGACCUUGCAGCAACAUAUUAAGGAUGAUCAUCCAAAACUUCCAUGUGCUAUUUGUGGGAAGCAGUGUGUUGGUGAAGUGGGGUUAUCGAUGCAUAUGACCAUUCAUGAUGAAUCUUUGGUGUUAAAAAACUGGAAAUGUUCAGUAUGCAGUGAUCUCAGUUUUGCCAAGAAGGCUGAUUUAUUGGCUCAUUACAUGGAUUCACAUAAAAAUGAGAUUCCUUCAGAAAUUUUGGAACCCCAGAUAGAGGAUCAUCCAAUGGCAGAUAUAGAACCACCUAAUAGUAUAAAUGUUGAACAUAUUAAAAAUGAUAACGGCGAUUUAUCACUUCGCAAGCCUAAGAGAAAGCGACAGAUGUCUGAACUGGCCAGCAUUUCUAAUGAAGUUAAAGUGAUGAAAUUUAUUGAGUCAGGGCGUUCUGCAUUAACUCUUUUGUUAAAUACUGCAGGUAAAAAGUGGGUUUGUCCUUACCUUGGAUGCAGCCGGGUAUUUAAAUCUGUGGAUAAAUAUGAAACUCAUACCAGCAAGCACAAAAUCCAUGAGUUGAAGAUGAAGCUCUUAGAAGACAAGAAAAAUGGUUUCAAGGUUAUAGAAGCUGAAAAAAACAGUAAGAAGGCAACUGCGGGCGGAGCUUCUUCUGAGAACGCAACUCAUAACGACUAUUCGUAA